GCCAGGCUGCGGAGCGGACGGACGCGCCCGGUGCCCCGGGGGAGGAGGAGGAGGUGGAGAGGAAAAGACGCCCUCUCUGCCCGAGACCUCUGGAGGCUCUGACCCCAGGGGCCAGGGGACUGACAAGUUCCUCCACCUCGGCUGCCUGAAGAGGCCGCGACCCUGGAGGCCCCUGAGACCACCGCACCAGGGGGCCCAGCACCACCCGGGUGGCCUAAAGCGACAGUAUCAGGGACCACUGCGAGGUUUCCAGUUGCCUAGACAACGAGCCUGGGGUCAGAGCCACCACCCUUCCAGCCACCUGCCUCCUCUGCUGCCUCAGGCACCAGUCCCAGACCCGUGAGUCCAGCCCAGGUGACAUGACGGUGCUCUCGACCCCCCGGCCCUCGCGGGUGACCACGCUGAAGCGCACAGCUGUGGUCCUAGCCCUCACGGCCUAUGGAGCCCACAAAAUCUACCCCCUGGUGCGGCAGUGCCUGGCUCCGGCCAGGGGCCCUCAGACGCCGGCUGGGGAGUCCGCGCAGGAGGCCUCCGGGGCCACGGUGGGCGCAGCGGCCAAGGCCGGUGUCAACCGGGUGUUCUUCCAGCGACUCCUGUGGCUCCUGCGGCUGCUCUUCCCCAGGAUCCUGUGCCGGGAGACGGGGCUGCUGGCGCUGCACUCAGCCGCCCUGGUGAGCCGGACUUUCCUGUCGGUUUAUGUGGCCCGCCUGGACGGCCGGCUGGCCCGCUGCAUCGUGCGCAAGGACCCCCGGGCCUUCGGCUGGCAGCUCCUGCAGUGGCUCCUCAUCGCGCUCCCCGCCACCUUCGUCAACAGUGCCAUCCGCUACCUAGAGGGCCGACUGGCCCUGGCGUUCCGCAGCCGGCUGGUGGCCCACGCCUACAGCCUCUACUUUUCCCAGCAGACGUACUACCGGGUCAGCAACAUGGACGGGCGGCUCCGCAACCCAGACCAGUCCCUGACGGAGGAUGUAGUGGCCUUUGCCGCCUCCGUGGCCCACCUCUACUCCAACCUGACCAAGCCGCUCCUGGACGUGGCUGUGACCACCUAUACCCUGGUUCGAGUGGCCCGCUCCCGCGGUGCCGGCACAGCCUGGCCCUCGGCCAUCGCUGGCCUCGUGGUGUUCCUCACGGCCAACGUGCUGCAAGCCUUCUCGCCCAAGUUCGGGGAGCUGGUGGCAGAGGAGGCGCGGCGGAAGGGGGAGUUGCGCUACAUGCACUCCCGGGUGGUGGCCAACUCGGAGGAGAUUGCCUUCUAUGGGGGCCACGAGGUGGAGCUGGCCCUGCUGCAGCACUCCUACCAGGACCUGGCUUCGCAGAUCAACCUCAUUCUGCUGGAGCGCCUGUGGUAUGUCAUGCUGGAGCAGUUCCUCAUGAAAUAUGUGUGGAGCGCCUCGGGACUGCUCAUGGUGGCCGUGCCCAUCAUCACCGCCACCGGACACGCGGCGUCAGACUCGGAGGUGGCGAAGAAGGUGGCCCUGGAGGCGAGGGAGGAGGAGCUGGUGAGCGAGCGCACGGAAGCCUUCACCAUCGCCCGCAACCUCCUCACAGCUGCCGCGGACGCCAUCGAGCGGGUCAUGGUGUCCUACAAGGAGGUGACAGAGUUGGCUGGCUACACAGCCCGGGUCCACGAGAUGUUCCAGGUAUUUGAAGACGUCCGGCACUGCCGUUUCAAGAGGCCCGGGGAGCCAGAGGACGCUCAGGCAGGGGCCGGGGCCGUGGUGAGGUCUGGUGUCCGUGUGGAGGGGUCCCUGCAGAUCCGAGGCCAAGUGGUGGAUGUGGAGCAGGGGAUCGUGUGUGAGAACAUCCCCAUCGUCACGCCCACGGGGGAGGUAGUGGUGGCCAGCCUCAACAUCAGGGUGGAAGAGGGCAUGCACCUGCUCAUCACGGGCCCCAACGGCUGCGGCAAGAGCUCUCUGUUCCGUAUCCUGGGCGGUCUCUGGCCCACCUAUGGCGGCGUGCUCUACAAGCCUCCGCCCCAACGCAUGUUCUACGUCCCCCAGAGGCCCUACAUGUCUGUGGGCUGCUUGCGCGACCAAGUGAUCUACCCGGACUCUGUGGAGGACAUGCGAAGGAAGGGCUUUUCAGAGCAGCACCUGGAAGCCAUUCUGGACAUCGUGCACCUGCACCACAUCCUGCAGCGGGAAGGAGGUUGGGAGGCCGUGUGUGACUGGAAGGACGUUCUGUCCGGGGGCGAGAAGCAGAGAGUUGGCAUGGCCCGCAUGUUCUACCACAGGCCCAAGUACGCCCUCCUGGAUGAAUGUACCAGUGCCGUGAGCAUCGACGUGGAAGGCAAGAUCUUCCAGGCGGCCAAGGAUGCAGGCAUUGCCCUGCUUUCCAUCACCCACCGACCCUCCCUGUGGAAGUACCACACACACUUACUACAGUUCGACGGAGAGGGCGGCUGGAAGUUCGAGAAGCUGGACUCGGCCGCCCGCCUGAGCCUGACUGAGGAAAAGCAGCGGCUUGAGCAGCAGCUGGCGGGCAUCCCCAAGAUGCAGCGGCGCCUCCAGGAGCUCUGCCAGAUCCUGGGCCAAGGCCCUGGAGUCCUCCAGGCCGCUGCCACCUGA